CCUCCCGCGCUCCACCCGCCCUCUCUUCCCCGUACGGGACGGCGACAGCCGGCCGGCGAGCUCCCCCCUCCGCUCGCGCUCCUCCCGUCCUUGCGGCGGCCCAGGGCAGGGUUCUCCUCCCACCGCCUGCGCUGAUCUCCCGUGAGCAGGGGCGCUGUCGUCCUCGCCCAAGCUUGUUGGCACCAUGGAUGAAUCACGAAAAAGACUUGCCUCUACUGCAGAUGCAAAAAGUUCAUCCCUUGAUGAAGACUUUGGCAAUGAUUUUCUUUCAUCUUGGAAAUUACCAAAAUCAGGAAAGGACACAAUCGAUUUUGAUGUUGAGUCAGUUCCGAAGAAUAGCAAGAAGUUUACCUUUGACAACCUAGAUGAUUUUGGGCUUGAUGGAGCAUUUGAAAAGUUAUCAUCAUUUAAAGUGGGCAUGUCCGAUCUAGAUUUUUCUGGCCCUCUCAAGAAAAAGAUGAAGCCCAAUAGCUCAAAUGGCAACAAUCUUUCUGAAGAGAUGAAAGAAACUGAAAAGGACAACUUCUCAUUUUCCUUUGAUUUUAAUGAUCUGGGCAAGUUCAAUCUUGACUCCAAUUUGGGAAUUGCGGAGAAUGUUAUGAGCAAAUUUGUGGAAAAUGCCGGUCUUGUUUCUUCAGAGGGUGACAAGGAUCCACAAAGAGGUCUUUCAGGCAAGGGCUCUGAUAUUCUGGGAGAUAACAUUAGUAAGGAUCAAGAACAAAAAAAGGAUGCUUGCACUCUGAGGCCUAGUCAUUUGACAAGCUUUAGCCCUGCGGGAAUGGGCCAAAAUAAAGUAGAUAUGCUCUUGACUGAUACACAUGAAGAGAAAUCUAAUGAGCCACACCCAUCAAAAGCAGCUGUUAACGAGCCAUCGCAGAAUCCUCCUUGCAGUUCUACUUCUACACCUGGUGAAGAUCCUACAGAUGUGACAUCAACAGCAACAGCAACAGCAGCUCCUGAGAACUGUAGAGAAGUUCAUUUGGUGGAAGUUAGUAAAGUUCAUAUAUCAAUGGAGAAUAAGGAUAGUAAGCAGUCAGUUAGUUCACAAUCCAUGAACACCAGCAACAUGUGCCCCUCCCUCCCAAGAAAAUUGAUGGGUGAAUCAGAUUACCAAAAUCACCAGAAUGAGAUUGUGAGGGAAAGUGCAUGUCUUAAUGAAGAAAGUCAGGAUAAGCAAUGUUCUAGAGGAACUUCAAUGAAGCUUCUACGGAAAACAACAUGUGAAACACAGAAGGCUGAUAAGGGGACUUCAGGUCCAAAGAAUCUCUCUUCAUCAAUGCAGAGGGAUAUCAGAAAUAUCAAACCUGCAUUGUUGAAUGAAACAGGGAGUUUCUCUCUUGUGCCCAGGUCUGCAAUUAUGAAAGACAGCAUGCCCCCUCAUCUAACUCCAGAAAUGGCCUUAAAUCAAUUAAGUGGUGACAAUAAGAUGAUACAAAAGAUGAAUACACAUUCUGCUGAGUUGAAAAGGGAACACACACAAGCUGAUGCAAGACCCGGAAAGCCUAAAAUUGCAUCGUCAAAAACAUUCUGCAAGUCAGCAUUACAUGCGCUGUUGACCACCUCAAUGAAUGUCAAAGAUCAUUGGAAUUCCAAACUUAGGCUUGAGUCUCCUAGCACAGGCAAUGUAUCUUCACUGAAUGCUCCCAGCAGCCCAGCACAUAGCAAUGGACAUAACACAGCUACAAGUCAGUCACCCCUAAGAAGUAGCAAUGUUCCUGAUGCAGUAAAAGGCACUCCUAAAAAUGAUAACAGACCAAUUUCUCAACUGAAAGGAGCAAAAAUUACUAAAGGAGGCGCCAUAAGUUCAAAGUCUGACUUGCUUCUGGAGAAGGAAUUGAUGGAAGUGAGCAGGAGGAAGGGUUCCCCUAUAACAAUUUCCAAUAACUACAAGUCUUAUGGUGAAGGAAAAUCUGUGUUGCCUAGCCUGUCCAUGUUGCAAAAGAUUCCUAAGGAACCGGUUCCAGAUCCAAAAGCUCCUGCUGUGCUGAAACGCGUCAUGAGAUCUCCAGCUGUGAGAAAAUCACCAGAAAUUGUUUCAAAGUUGGGAAAUAUAACUGUUCCAGGAAGUGGAACUCCAAAAGCACACAUGGAUAAUGCCAUUGUGUCAGCAAUACCAUGUGAGAUGGGGGGAGUUUCUGAACUAGAGUUGCCUGCGCUAUUAGAAAAUGAUGUAAAUGUAGAAAAGGCAGAGGCUUGUAGAAAGGAGCUUGAAGAUUUAUGCAUUUCGUUGAGAAGGAAACAUGAAGAAGCUAAAGAAUUAGCAGUGCGGGCUAUUGUCAACAAUAAUAUGAUGCUGAUGUUAAACCAUCCAAUGUUUGAGGAGAAAAUCUGUGCUCUUCAGAAAUUUGCUGACAGUCUGAGAUCCAAGAAGUUCUCAUUUGAGGAUAUUAGCACCAUUGAUGCUAUUCCUGCAUUUUGUUGUCUGCGUGGAAUUGCUAUGGGCAUCACACCAACACCCAUAACAGAUACUCUUUAAUUUCAGCAAUAAUCAUCUUUGAAGAUUAUUCCUGUAUGAGGCCAUUCAGUAUGGUGAUUUCUGAUUCUGAGUGUUGAGUCAAGCGAUUGAAUGACUGUCUUAGAUGCCUUCAAAUUCUCUCUUCUCAGCAUCUCAUUUAGCAUCGUUCAUUCCUCCAUCCAAUCUAUUCAACUAAACACUACCUUGCACCAGCACCUCCAAGGAAUAAGUGUGGAAAUUCUUGUAUUAUGGGUAGAUGGCACACUUGCUCUUCUUACUGGUAGAAGAUGAAAAGAUGGAGAUAAUUUAAUGCCGGCCAAACAAUAUCUAUGCCUUUUGGAUUGAUACGUAUUUGAAUAUGUUGAACAUGAAAACUAUGGACAAUAUCCAUAUUCAGUCAAAUCUGAAUACAUUUCACUGGAAUGAAGUUUAAGAGAUGAGUUUGAACUGCUCACCACAGCACAAAGCUUUAGCAUAUGAAUCUACAUGCCACACCACCACACUCAGCAUGGCACUAUUAUGGGUACUGCUAAGCCUGGUUCGGAUCGGCCAAAAUUCCCUGCCUUUAAACUAACGUCUUCGUCCAUCUAAAUUUUGGCCCAUCCCAACAAGGCCUUAGUGGGUUAGAUGGUUUAAGAUAUAAGCACUCAAAUGAUAGUCAUACAAAUAUUACACUCAGAUUCAUGUUCUACAAUAAAAUUCAGGUUACUAUUCAUGUUUGUAUUAAAGUAGCAAUACAGGAAAACUUUUA